AAUUAUAAUGGUUCGCGUGUCAAGCUGGACAAUAAAUCAUGUUUCCAUCUUUAUUCUUGCUCAUCUGUCUUUUCCUACCGACAGUGUACUCCGCGUAUUGUGCAGUAUCCAUACGAUAUCAUGAAGAUGGCGAUUUAAAAGAACCGCAACCGCUGGUCUUGACAGAAAAUGGGGAAUCCUUUUUUUAUCCUGACAAGAAACAUGGAAGCUCCUUGGAACUCCCCAGUGGAUCUGUUCGUUUGGCAUGCCCUGGCAACGAUAAUUAUAUCCAAGUUGUACCCGACCGUAAAGAAGCUGUUGCUACUUGUAUCAGUGACACAAUCUUCAGCGUCAACAGGAUUCCUCGUACUUUUUCAUCAUUGACCUGUCGAACUAAUCUGCAAGUCACCGUCAGGAGUCUUCAGAAGCUUUGUCUGAACCAAUAUCGCUCUAUGGAAAUCGGUUUUCAAUUGAAUGACAGGUUCUUGCAGACAAUAGAAUUGUGUCGCAAUGACAAUACGUACGAGACUUAUUACACAAAAUUUAAGAUGUCCAACAAACAUGGCAAUGUGCAGACUGGAUAUCCCAGGCCUAGAAAUUGGAGAGACGCGAACUACUUCGCCGGACUGAAUAUGGAAAGGCUCUACAAUUGGAGAGUUCAGAUCGAAAUAAUCGGACGAAUUCUACAGUCUGAGGAAAUUGCGAAGAAGUAUAUCAACCAGGGUCAAUUUCUUUCGCGCGGGCACAUAUCGGCCAAAAGUGACUUUAUUUACGGUAGCCAACAGAACGCCACAUUUUCAUACCUAAACGCUGCGCCCCAAUGGGCCAGCUUCAACGGUGGCAACUGGAUGUAUCUGGAAGUGGGCGUUCAGAACUUCACCAGACAGAGUUCUCGGGACAUCGAAGUUUACACGGGAGUUCACGGACAAAUGACAAUGGCAGACAAAAAUGGACAACAACAGACGAUACAGUUGGCUGAGCCUGGCACGGAAAAGACUCUGACAGUCCCUAAAUUCUUCUGGAAAGUCAUUUAUGACCCAGUGAGCAAAAAGGGUACUGCGUUCGUGGGACUGAAUGAUCCUUUCAUACCAUCGAUCAGUGAGAGUAUUUAUCUGUGCAAAGACAGAAUAGAAUCCAAAAUGGAGUGGAUAAAUUGGAUGCCAACUAAUAUAAAAAAAGGUGUCUCGUACGUGUGCCCUAUUGACAGCCUUCGGAGGAAAAUCCCGACGAUACCGCCGCUGAAUGUAAUAGGAGUUUUAAUAUCGCCUCCUAUAUAGAGACAAUUGGAACACAAGCACUUGCCAAAUCUAACUCUUGACACGGUUCUGGGAUACUGCAAUUUGAUAGAUACGAUUUAUGGGAAACAGAAACUAUGUACAUUGAUGUACGCUGCCAAUCGAAUGUCAUUGGGCAGUAACUACAAGUCUAAGAAAAACACUACCGUUGAUGUUCCUAUAUUUCUACAUUGUUUUAUUUAUAUAUAUCUUACAUCGACAUAC